CUUUAAUAAACUUCCGGUUCCUGCGUUUAACCUAGUAUUAUAUCCUUGAUAAGCUUUGUAGGACUUCUCGUUUUCCUUCCAGUAGUCGUCCAAUAUUUUUGAAAACCCUAUUAGUAAAAGAACUUGUUCUAUUAUAAAAGACGGUUAAAUUCUUCUCACGUGUAGUACUUACAUUUUUCUCGACCUUUUUUCUUAAUUAUACGAUCAACGUAAAUAAAAGAAAAACUCUUUCUCUUUGAUCACUCGACAAAAAAUUUUUAACAUCCCUUAUAAAUUAAACGAAGGUGUUUUCAUCUAGUUAUUGAUCAAAAUGACUACUGUUUAUGUCUUGGAGUGCAGAAAUAAUAAAUAUUACGUCGGGAAAACUUCUAGAAGUGUUGAUGUUAGGUUUGAAGAACAUUGCAAUGGAUCCGGUUCAGAAUGGACAUGGUUACAUCAGCCAAUAAGAAUUGUUGAGUCUGAAAAAACUGAUAAUUCCCACUUAGAAUUAACUAAAACUCUCGAUUAUAUGAACAAAUACGGUAUUGAUAAUGUAAGGGGCAGUUGUUAUACUAAUGUGAAUUUAUCAGAAACAGAAAUACAGAGUAUUCAUCAAUACCUUUCUUCUGGGAAUGAUACUUGUUACAAAUGUGGUAGGACUGGUCAUUUCGCUAAUAACUGUAAUUAUUCUAACGAGAAUGAUAAUAAUAAUAAUUCUCAUGGAUGUUUUAAGUGUGGCAGUACCGAUCAUUUUGCUAAUGAUUGUAAUGAUUAUUUUGAUGAAAGUGAUAGCUCUUGUGAUGAGAAUGAUAACAAUAAGGUUUAUAGAUGUUUUAGAUGUGGCAGUCCAAGUCAUUUUGCUAAUGAUUGUGACGAUGAGUCUGAUAGCUCUUUUGAUGAGAAUAAUGGCUAUUCUGAUGAUGAUGAACGGUCUUAUCAUUAUUAGAAUAUAACUUACAAAUUAUACCUAGUUUCUUUUACAUAUAUUACAUAUAUUAGAAGGAAAGAUAGAAUCUCUCUUUUUUUUUUUAAUAAUUAAGUAGAUGGUAGAAAAAUAGCGG